AUGGCUGCUCUGACGCCAGCCUAUCUGGCACAGAACGACUCAGGGGGUACCUUCCCUGCGGUGAUCAUAAUGACCGUGCUCGCCUUCGUCGUCGUGCUUUUGCGCGUCGCAUCAAGGGUCUACGCCAAGGUUAAUUUCUGGUGGGAUGACUGGACUAUUUUUGCAGCCAUGGUCUGCGAGCUUUCACUCAGCAUCGGCAUCCUCUACGCAGACAAAUACCUGGAUGCGGGCCACCAUAUCCAAGCCCUUACUCCGUGGCAGCGCACCGAAACUGCCAAGAACCUCAUUGCCUUCCAACAAGUCUACUUUCUUACACAGACGGUCACGAAAGUCUCAGUACUACUCCUAUACUACCGUGUGUUUAGCGUCCAUCCCCGGUUCCGCAUUGCCGCAUAUAUUGCUGGCGGUAUCGUGAUUGCCUGGUGGAUAUCAUGCUUCUUUGCGACUAUGUUCACCUGCAUUCCGCUUAAGGCACUCUGGGACACGUCGAUAAAGAACAAGACUUGCAUCGACAUGCGCAAAUUCGGAAUUGCAAAUGGUAGCUUCAACAUGAUAACGGAUAUCAUGGUUGUUGCGCUCAGCGUGCCGAUGGUCUGGUCAUUACAACUCUCGCGGAGAAAAAAGAUUCUGAUCUCGGGUGCCUUCGGCAUGGGUACUUUUGUUUGUGUCAUCUCUGUUGUCCGCCUCAGCUGCUUCCCCGGAUUUGACAUGUCGGAUCCCAGUUAUGGCGUCGCUCGCGUCUCCCUAUGGACCAGCGUCGAGUCCUGUUGUUCUAUUAUCGCUGCCUGCCUUCCGACCCUGGGACCACUCAUAAUUUCGGUCUUCCGCUUGCAAAAUUCGCAAUACAACAAGGAAUCAACAUCCUCAGGCAGUCAACCGAACAGAAAACGCAGAGACAUUCCCAUACCUGAUCUAGACGGCCCGACUACGCACUUUAGAGGGACUGGUUCAUUGAACCUAGCUGGUCGGCCACGGAUCCGUGACUCCCUAAGUCCAGAAGGAAAAUUCUAUCGUUUGGAUAAUGAGAAUGAUGACUCUGUUGCAUUACGGGAUUUGUCUCCGGAAGGAUCAAGAGCAUGA